UGGUAGUUUAGUGGAGAUAGAGUCUCACGGGAAGGAAAGACUUUCCUGGCCUUAAACUGCCAUCCUCAGAUCUCAGCCUCCUAAGUAGUUAAGAUUACAAGUUCCUGGCUCUUAUCUAUGUCUUCAUAUACAUAUAUCCCUAAACAUAUCUCAUGUAUACACAUAUAUAUGAUGUAAAUAUAUGUAUAUACAUAUGCAGGUCUGCUCACACAUACAGCUGAGUUCCUAGUAACGAAGUACAGAACCACAGGAAUGGAUGAGAGGUGGCUGUAAAGUCUUUUUGCCUGUAGCUGGUUGGAGUUUUAGAAAGGCAGGCCCUCAUCUCUUGAUGUUGGUCACCUUGACCACGUGUUCUCCACAGAGCUCCUCGGAUGAUGGCAUACAAAGAUGGCAUCCUGUGAGCCUGGUCUCCAUGGAAGCCAAAGACAAAGAUGUGCCCUCCCUGGGCUCCCCCUGGGAUGCCAUCCUCAAGGCUGCCAAAGAUCAGCUUCCAUCUCUGGACUCAGACUCGUCUUUGUCUGACGACAGGGAAGAGGAGCCCUACAUCUUCCAGCGAAACCAGCCCGUUCUGAUUCCAGACCUGGCUGAGGAGCUCACUGAAGAGCCUGCUGAUGCCAGCGAGCCUAGGACCUGGGGGCCUGCAGUUAAAAGGUCUCCAUCUAAGCCAGUUUUGGUGCCUGGGGGACCCUCCACUGAACCCAGGAGUGGACAGAGGAUGUGGGACUCAGCCCUUCGGGAAGGAAGAGGUCCUGGCCAGCCAUCCCAAGGCUGCGCGGAUACCAGCACCCUCCUUCGAAUGGCUGAGACCUCCUCGUGGCUGGAAGGUGACCUUGGAAGCUUUUCCUUCAAUUCCAAAGCAUCCCAGAGUUCUUCCUGUGGCCCUCAGGGAGAAGCUACCCUCUCUCCUGAAGGAAAGCCAAAGAUAGAACCCCGGGAUGAGGAUGCAUGGAAAGACUCUGCGAAGCGCAGAGCCCUCCGCCUGGAAAGGAGGAAGAUGAUAGAGAAGGAGGUACUCCAGAAAGUGACCUGGGGCACUCGGGACCCACCUAAUCAAGGCCAGGCCGAAGAGCCAGAACCCAGGCCACAGGCCUCCUCAGCAGAGCCCCAAGAAGGACAGCUUGUGCUCUCCCUCCAGCACCUGGAAGAUUGGGAUUUGGAUUACAUCCUGAAGAGUCUGCCAGUCCAGGAAGACAGCCCCACAGAUGGCGCAUCCAGAAGUGCAUGGUGGUUAGCAGAAAGCUGCCAAGGCCGAGAUAACUCUGUGCCACGCUCCCAGGACAGACUCCAAGAGCAGCUGGCCCUUUUGUGUGCCACACAGUCCAAGACCUGCACUGCUGCCCGGAAGGUGCCAGCUGACAUGCCCCAAGACACUGAGGAAGAGGAAACCAGAAGCAGGAAUGCUGUGAUGAGGCUGGGCCUCCAGGCGGAGCCAUGCCAGAGGCUAGAUGAGGGCAGCACGCUGAACACAGAGCCUCCCACCAUCUUCAUGGACCUGAGGCCGACAAAGCCAUGGGAUCCAGAAAGCCAGGAGUCCUCAGAAAGUUCCCAGUACAGCUCCUCUGACAGUGAAGAGGAAGAGGAGACUACAGCUAUGGGAGAGCAGCGAGACCAGGCGCAGCAGGCACCUACUUCCUCCCAGGGCCCAUGGGACUGUACGGCAAAGAGCCGGCUUCUCCAGCAGCUGAAGGCCUUUCGGAAGGGUGUAGCUCCACCUGAACUCCUUAUCAAUGAGGGCUCAGGCAGCCAGGAGACUCAGGCUCCUGAAGAAAUAGCUGGAACAGGCACGGAGAAGGAGGAACACACAGAGCCCCAGGCUGAAGAGCUGAGUGCCCAGGCCCGACUCCAGGCCCGACAUCCCAUGGCCUUGGAGAGCAGUGAGGUGCUGGAUCUAGGCCAACUGUAGGCGCCUCAGGCACGCAGAGUCCUUCCAAACUAAAGGUGGCACUGACUGUCAAAUCUAAACCGAAUGCUGGGCAUCCUAACACAUGAAACUAUGAAGAGUGGAGUGAUGCCCACCCUUCACGAAAGCCAGCAAGAACAAAAUAAACCAAAUAGGUUGGGGCCAACUGGUUCCCUACCACGGCCCGGCCCCCAUAGGGGACGCCUGGCCUUCCUGCACCUCAUUACUUUGCAAGCCUUACCCAUCCCCAUCCCUGUCUCCAUUUUACAAAGUCCUCUGUAACUAUCUUCCCCAUUCUGACCCAUGGCAGCUUCAAUCCCCUGCCACCUCCUCAGGAAGA